UAACUCUGAGUCAGGCGGUUUAGCGUGCGGCGAUUUUUCACUGAAAGCAGUAGCAGUGCGUAUUUAAGUUGUUUGAAAUAUAUAUUAAAAGUCGCACAACACAGCCAAAAAAUGUCGACAAUGGCAAGUCCCUUAUCCAUCGCUGGAACACGGCAGUCCGGCGCUUCUGUGCGCACACAGAACGUUAUGGCCGCGCUCUCCAUAUCGAACAUUGUCAAGAGCUCUCUGGGCCCUGUCGGCUUGGAUAAAAUGUUGGUGGAUGAUAUUGGUGAUGUGACCAUUACCAACGAUGGAGCGACCAUUCUUCGUCUGCUUGAGGUGGAACAUCCGGCGGCAAAGGUGCUGGUGGAGUUGGCUCAGCUGCAGGAUGAGGAGGUUGGCGAUGGCACCACAUCCGUUGUCAUUUUGGCCGCUGAGUUGCUAAAGAACGCCGACGAGCUGGUCAAGCAGAAAAUUCAUCCCACUUCAAUUAUCUCUGGCUACCGUAUUGCCUGCAAAGAAGCGUGCAAGUACAUUUCAGAGCACCUUACGGCACCAGUGGACGAGCUCAGCCGUGACUCACUGAUCAAUAUCGCAAAGACAUCAAUGAGCUCCAAGAUCAUUGGCGCGGAUGCCGAUUUCUUUUCCACCAUGGUCGUGGAUGCCGCUCAAGCUGUUAAGAUCACCGAUCCCAAGGGACAGACAGCCUACUCGAUCAAAGCCAUAAAUGUGCUGAAGGCGCAUGGCAAGUCGGCACGCGAGUCGGUGCUGAUCCCAGGCUAUGCCUUGAACUGCACCCUUGCCUCACAGCAAAUGCCUAAGAAAAUAGUGAACGCAAAAAUUGCCUGCCUGGACUUUUCGCUGCAGAAGACCAAAAUGAAAAUGGGCGUACAGGUAUUGAUCAAUGACCCGGACAAACUCGAGGCCAUACGCGCACGUGAGCUGGAUAUCACCAAGGAGCGCAUCAACAUGAUUUUGGGCACCGGUGUUAACGUUGUGCUGUCCAGUGGCGGUGUUGACGAUUUGUGCAUGAAGUACUUUGUCGAGGCCGGCGCCAUGGCUGUGCGUCGCGUCAAGAAGAGUGACCUUAAGAUCAUUGCCAAGGCAACGGGUGCUGCAUUCCUUACCUCGCUGACCAACAUGGAUGGCGAGGAGAGCUUCGAUGCCUCGAUGGUGGGCGAAGCAGCUGAGGUGGCACAGGAGCGCAUUUGCGAUGAUGAGCUCAUUCUCAUUAAGGGCACCAAAGCUCGCGCUGCUGCAUCUAUAAUUUUGCGUGGUCCCAACGACUUCUACUGUGAUGAAAUGGAGCGUUCCGUGCACGAUGCUCUGUGCGUCGUGAAGCGUGUGCUGGAAAGCAAAAAAGUCGUUGCUGGUGGCGGCUGCGUGGAGGCGGCGCUGUCCAUCUAUCUAGAGAACUUUGCCACGUCGCUGUCGUCGCGCGAGCAGCUGGCCAUUGCCGAGUUCGCCAAAUCGAUGUUGGUCAUUCCCAAAACCUUGUCUGUGAAUGCAGCCAAGGAUGCCACCGAUUUGGUGGCCAAGCUACGCUCCUACCACAACUCCAGCCAAACAAACUCCAAGAAUGGCCAGCUUAAGUGGACCGGCCUCGAUCUGAUCGAGGGCGUUGUGCGUGACAACAAGAAGGCUGGCGUCCUGGAGCCGGCCAUGUCCAAGAUCAAAUCGUUGAAGUUUGCCACGGAGGCGGCAAUCACUAUUUUGCGCAUUGACGACAUGAUUAAGCUGAAUCCCGAGGACAAGAGCGGCAAGAGCUACGGCGAUGCCUGCGCUGCCGGCGAGCUAGACGGUUAGACGCGACCGUUGGCAUUUCUAAAAUUUGUUUAGGCACUUAAUCUUAUGUAAAACUCACUGCAAACUUUCGCUCACAUUUAAUUGUAAUAACAAUUUAAUUGUUUUCUGCUAACGGCGA